AUGCAGUUCGAACGGAUUGUCAGAGAAAUCGAGUUAAAAUUCGACCACGCGCUCUCCAAUUUCCUGCAGUUCUGUCAAGGAGAACAGCAAUAUCUCGUGACGAUUGCACUUGAUACAAACCGACAUCUAAUCGUCCGAGCGAGGGAUCCAAUUUUCAAAUUCUCUGCCGAUUUCCAGCUUUGCGAAGAUGAAUUUGACUACCCAAAUCUAGUCGCACAAUUAGGAUCUCGAGACUUUGAGUGUCGCCAACAAGAAAUACACGAAGUUUCUCGGGAAUUGACCUUCGCGAAGUCGCCAUACGGUCUCAUAACAAGCGACUAUCGCCCGGAAAUUGACAAAGCAAUGCUAACUAUAAUUGACCGAAUGCGUGUCGAUCUUAGACGUCGACAUCAGUCACACAGCUCUCGUGUGCAUGUUCUCAGUCUGUCAAUGGUGGAGAGCAGUGCAUUCGUAUCUACGCUACGGAAUUUGCUAUCCCAAGUGGACCUGCCAUUCUUUUGGUCCGUGUCCUCUAGAAAGUUGGUACUCUCCAUCGAAAGCGAGUUUCUGGAUCAACACAACAAGUCUAAUUUCCAGCAACUGGUCGCAGAUACGUUGUCACUACAAGGCUCGCAGUUACCGCCGCCAUUACGUGCUCUAGCGACGUUCGUAACACACACAGUGUCGUCUUUACUAGUCCAAUACGAAGUUGUGGGUAAGUACACUAACGUCGAGACUAGCUGGCAAGAGUUCCAAGAUUUCAUCUCGGGACAACAGAACACUUACGCGGUCAUGGAGCUUCAUCCAAAAGGGUCUUUGUUGACGACUCGAGUGGCUCGAGCGAGUGGAUCUGGAGCUGUGCAGUGGAACUUUAAGACGCAGAUAAAGAUCCAAGAACCUGAGCGAUGUGACCAUCGUAUCGACCGUCCUGUCGUUUUCACAGACACUGUCAAAGUCGCGUGUAUCCCUGGAAGUACAUCAUCAUCGGAGAACAUUAAUUUUAUUACUGGGGAGAGUGAUACGCCCGGUCAUUUUGUGGUGAUCAGUGUACGAAGAGCUCUUCCACAUGGAGCGGAAUCUCCACAGCCGAGACUCUACUGCACCGCGUAUGAUCCGCUGACUUCGUGUGAUUACGCCGUGGAAGGUUAUCCUUCAGAUUGGGCUGUGGAUUUUUUCAAUGUCGCCUCGAAUCCUUCGUAUGAGUCGCAAUGGCAAACGAUGCUCGGUAGUAUGCGUCUUGGAGCGACAAUAACUCCAAAACUUGCUAUCGCAGUCUUCAAUAAACAGUCGAAAACUGACAAAUUAGUUGGAGAAGGAGAAGUUUCAAUCGGGUCUGCAAUCGUUCAAGAAGGUCACAUUUUUGAAGAGCGAGUACCACUGCGCAGCGAUCAGGUGAAAAACCUGCAGGAUUCUAUUGCUGCGACUGAGCUGUCAAAACGGGAGGCUCAAGAGCAAGUCAAACAGCUUAAAGCACAAGUUCAGCAGCUAUCGUACACUUCAAACAAGACGUCAGAAGACAAUGCUGAAAGGUGGAAAAGAAGACUGGAACAGGCCAGACAGGAACAAUUUGCAGCGGAGGAACAACACGCCACAAGACUUGCAGCUCUUCAAACAGAAAUCCAUCGCUUAAAUGCAAUAAGCGAGAAGCACAAGAAUGUGCCUCGAGAAGCAUCCAACUUAAAAGAAUGCAGGCUUUCAGCUGAUGCAUCAGCACACGUUAUCCUCUCAGCCAUACGUGGAAUUUUGACAAGUCGAUGUCCUGAGCGACCAUAUAAUGGCUUGAAGAAGGCUCUGGCGGCUGAAGCGGAAGUUCCCGGCAAGGUAACAUUUGCAGUACUCAACGAUGUUCUCGGAGACUUUGGACUUGCUCUUACAGUGGAGCAACGAUCUACGUUGGCUAACCUCUUGGACCCCGAAAUGGUCGGUCGUGUGGCCAUUGAAGAUUUCUUUAUCAAGCUUUGUGGUGACGCCGAAGCGUACGAGAAAGUCCGAGCGCCGCCACCAAAGAUACCAACACCGGAGCCAAGCAGCCCCAGACCAAGUUCCUCGCCGGUGCGAUCUUCAAGUGUGCGCUCAAAGAUGAGCUGGCAAGAUAUGAAGAAAUUUCUUGUGCUAAACCUGCCGGAUGGGUGGGAGACUCGAUUCACUGAAAAAGGCAGACCUUACUUCUGCAAUCAUUCCAAUCGGUCUACACAAUGGAAACACCCUCGUUCAGAGAUCGAGACCAUCUUUAGCGAAUGGGUACAAGCAAAUAACGCCUUCUUCCACCGAAAGUCUGGAUCAGCACGUCCUUGCCAGCAAAAAAAUAAAAAAUAG